CGGGCGCCUUGGCUUCAAGAUUGGGGAACUGCUUUGGCACUUGGAGGAGUGACGGAGUAUCAUGUAUGCCACUGGUUCCAGGGGGCAUUCCCCAGCUUUCCUACAACCUCAGAACGGAAGCAGUCAUCGCUCACCUGGUUAUGUCCCCGGGAAAGUGGUCCCCCUGCGCCCCCCGCCCCCUCCAAAGAGCCAGGCUUCCGCCAAAUUUACCUCCAUUCGACAAGAAGCCCGGGCCAGCUUUGCUUUUUUGCCCGAAGAGCAGCAAACACAGAGGGAGAGCCGAAAGCGCAAGAGACACAAGAAUACCUUCAUUUGCUUUGCUAUAACUAGUUUUUCCUUUUUUGUUGCACUUGCAGUAAUUUUAGGAAUAUCCUCAAAAUAUGCUCCAGAUGAGAAUUGCCCAGAUCAAAAUCCCCAUCUCAGGAACUGGGAUCCUGGACAAGAUCCUGCAAAGCAAGUUGUCAUCAAGGAGGGAGAUAAUUUCCGUCUGACCUCAGAUGCCACAGUGAAUUCUAUAGUCAUUCAGGAUGGAGGACUGCUUGUCUUUGGAGAUGAUAAAGAUGGAUCCGGAAAUAUUACUUUGAGGACUCGUUACAUCCUGAUCCAGGAUGGUGGAGCGCUUCAUAUUGGAGCAGAAAAAUGCCGCUAUAAAUCCCAGGCGACAAUUACCUUGUACGGAAAGUCAGAUGAUGGGGAAAGUAUGCCAACGUUUGGCAAAAAGUUCAUUGGUGUGGAAGCAGGUGGGUCCCUGGAGUUGCACGGAGCGCGGAAGACCUCGUGGACAUUGUUGGCCAGAACUCUACCUGCCUCCGGCCUACCCUUUGGGUCCUACACCUUCGAAAAGGACUUCUCCCGGGGCCUCAACGUGAGGGUCAUCGAUCAGGAUACCGCCAAAAUUUUGGAAAGUGUGAAGUUCGAUACCCACGAAUACCAAAACGAGAGUAGGCGGCUGCAGGAAUUCCUAAGGGUUCAAGAUCCAGGUCGGAUCGUGGCCAUCGCUGUGGGAGAUUCAGCAGUCAAGAGCCUCUUACAAGGAACUAUCCAGAUGAUCCAGGAGCGGCUGGGAAGUACACUGAUUCAAGGACUUGGCUAUCGACAAGCUUGGGCUUUAGUUGGUGUCAUUGAUGGUGGAAGCACUUCCUGCAAUGAAUCUGUGAGAAACUAUGAAAACCACAGUAGUGGAGGAAAGGCUCUGGCCCAGAGAGAGUUUUACACUCUGGAUGGUCAGAAGUUCUCUGUGAUGGCUUACAGUGAAUGGAUUGAAGGUAUUUCUCUUUCGGGUUUCCGGGUGGAGAUUGUGGAUGGAGUGAAGCUUCAUCUUCUGGAUGACGUCAGCGGCUGGGAACCUGGAGACCAGAUUGUGGUUGCGAGCACUGACUAUUCCAUGUACCAAGCAGAGGAGUUCACUCUUCUCCCCUGUCCUGAGUGUACCCGUUUUCAGGUCAAAGUCAAAGAAACGCCUCAGUUCCUGCACAUGGGUGAGAUCAUCGAUGGGGUGGAUAUGCGAGCUGAGGUUGGAAUCCUCACCCGGAACAUUCUGAUCCAAGGAGAGAUGGAGGAUUCGUGCUACUCAGACAACCAGUGCCAGUUCUUCGAUUAUGAUACUUUUGGGGGACAUAUCAUGAUAAAGAAAAAUUUUACUUCUGUCCAUCUUUCCUACGUGGAAUUGAAACACAUGGGUCAGCAGCAACUGGGCAAAUAUCCUGUUCAUUUUCACCUGUGUGGAGAUGUGGAUUACAGAGGCGGGUACACACCCCCCACAUCUGUGGAUGGCUUGUCUAUUCAUCACGGCUUCUCACGGUGCAUCACCGUGCAUGGGACCAAUGGCUUGCUGAUAAGAGACACCAUUGGAUUUGACACCCUAGGUCACUGUUUCUUCUUGGAAGAUGGUCUUGAGCAGAGAAAUACUUUGUUCCACAAUCUGGGCCUCCUUACCAAGCCCGGGACUCUCCUUCCCACUGACCGGAACAACUCCAUGUGCACCACUAUCCGAGAUAAAGUGUUUGGGAACUACAUUCCUGUACCUGCUACAGACUGUAUGGCUGUUUCAACUUUCUGGAUUGCUCAUCCCAACAACAAUCUGAUUAAUAAUGCAGCAGCAGGCUCCCAGGAUGCUGGAAUAUGGUAUUUGUUCCACAAGGAACCUACUGGGGAGUCUAGUGGAGUGCAGCUCUUGGAGAAACCCGAACUCACUCCUCUGGGUAUAUUUUAUAACAACAGAGUCCACUCAAGUUUUAAGGCUGGCUUAUUUAUUGACAAAGGUGUCAAAACGACCAACUCCAGUGCUGCUGACCCGAGGGAAUACCUCUGCUUGGAUAACAGUGCAAGAUUUCGACCUCAUCAAGAUGCAGAUCCUGAAAAGCCGCGUGUUGCUGCUAUAAUUGACAGGCUCAUUGCAUUUAAAAAUAACGACAAGGGGGCCUGGAUCAGAGGAGGAGACAUAAUCGUUCAGAAUUCAGCGUUUGCAGACAAUGGAAUAGGAUUGACAUUUGCCAGUGAUGGAAGCUUCCCUAGUGAUGAAGGCUCUAGCCAGGAGGUUUCUGAAUCGCUUUUUGUUGGAGAAAGCAGGAAUUUGGGAUCUCAGGGUGGUCAGAACAAAUAUAUGGGCACUGGAGGACUUGACCAGAAGCCUCGGACAUUACCUAGAAACAGGACAUUCCCUAUUAGAGGCUUUCAGAUUUAUGAUGGGCCCAUUCAUCUCACCAGAAGUACUUUCAAAAAAUACGUGCCAACGGUAGAUAGGUACAGCAGUGCAAUUGGCUUCCUCAUGAAGAACUCCUGGCAGACGACCCCCAAGAAUAACGUUUCUCUUGUGAAAUUUGGCCCACAUGUUUCUCUGAAUGUCUUCUUUGGCAAGCCUGGCCCAUGGUUUGAAGACUGCGAGCUGGAUGGCGAUAAGAACUCCAUAUUCCAUGACAUCGAUGGCUCCGUCACAGGAUACAAGGACUCCUAUGUGGGAAGGAUGGACAACUACCUGAUCCGCCAUCCGAGCUGCGUCAACGUCACCAAGUGGAAUGCGGUGGUCUGCAGUGGGAACUACGCCCAGAUCUAUAUACAGACGGGGAGCAGCCCCAAUCUCAGUGUGACCAUCACGCGAGAUGAGUAUCCAUCCCACCCAAUGGUGCUCCGGGGCAUCAAUCAGAAGGCCAUCCUCCCCCAGUACCAGCCCGUCAUCAUGCUGGAGAAAGGCUACACCAUCCACUGGAACGGGCCGGCCCCACGGACCACUUUCCUUUACCUCGUCAACUUCAACAAGGAUGACUGGAUUCGAGUUGGCCUCUGCUAUCCUUCUAACACAAGCUUUCAAGUCACCUUUGGCUUUCUGCAGCGGCAAAAUGGUUCCUUAUCCAAAAUGGAAGACUAUGAGCCGGUGCAGUCAAUGGAAGAACUGCAGAGACAGCCAUCCCAGAGGAAAUUCUUUUUCGACUCCAGCACAGGGUUAUUGUUUCUGUAUCUCAAAGCCAAAAGCCGCAGGGAUGGCCACAGUUACUGUUCAUCUCAGGGAUGCGAAAGAGUGAAGAUUCAGGCAGCCACGGACUCAAAAGACAUCAGUAAUUGCAUGGCCAGGGCGUAUCCACAGUAUUACAGUAAGCCAGCAGAGACGAAACGCAAGCUGUCCAUGGUCACCGGACCCUGCCAAGGUUGUGGGGCCCGCCAGCUGGUGUUUACUAGUGAUCCUCACAAGACCUACCUCCCUGUGCAGUUCCAGUCACCCAGUAAAGCAGAAACUCAGCGUGGAAGUCCGUCUCUGAUUUCUGUCAAUGGCACUGACUUCACCUUCCGAAGUGCAGGUGUCUUCAUCUUGGUUAUUGAUGCGUGCAGCAUACCCUUCCGGUUGAUAGAAAAACGGAUGUUUCUUCUUGCUGAUAUCAGUCGCAUGGAAGAGUAUUUAAAAACAAGCAUCCCUCCAAGGUCUGUUGUUCUGUUAAGCACAAGAGGAGAAAUAAAGCAUCUGAACAUUUCCGAUUCCUUAAUAUCUCUGGGAUUAGCCAAACCAGCUCAUCUUUAUAACAAAGGAAGUACCAUAUUUUUGGGAUUCAGUGGAAAUUUUAAACCAUCGUGGACUCAGCUGUUUACCAGUCCUGCUGAGCAGGGCCUUGGGGUGCUAGAACAAUUCAUACCACUGCAGCUACAGGACUACGAAUGUCCAAGGGGCAGCAGUGUCCACAGGAAAGACUUGGAACUGUUCAAGCAGGCUUCAAAAGCGCACGAGAGAUUGACUGUAACUUAAGUGCUGGGAAAGAAAAAAAAAGAACGAAAACAAAACUGUGAACUAACUUAUUUAAUUUAUGGCAUUUUAAAUGACACUGUUAACCCAAUGGAACUGUUUCCCUGUUUGAUACAGAAAGGAAAGAAUGAUUUCAAAGGGAUUGCUUGAAUACCAGUUCACCUACUUUGUUAUUGUAUGAACUGUUAGAGAAUUUGUCUUUGUGAAGGCCGGUAUAGUCAGCCGUUCUCCUGUUCCUCACCUUGAACCCCAGUAUUUAGUAACGAUCACCAGCAGAGUUCAAACUUUAUAUACUGGGUCAUGCUGGGGUGAGGUGGGGUGGGGUGGGGGCUUUAGAGGGGCUGCCUGAGCUCUUCAGAGGACCAGCUUCUGUAGCACUUUGGAUACUUGAAGUCUGAAGCUCAGCUGUGCUAUGUGUUGAUUAGCAUGGGUGGCUGGUAUUUUCAGCAAUGUCUAGGGGAGGUGGGGGCGGGGGUUUCUGGGGCAGCCUUUGAGGGUUUUAUAUGAAGCUGAGUGAAGAGUCAGAAGUGGCAACUCAGGCCUAGCCCAUGCCCUUUUUAAAUUAUUGCUUGGACAUGUGCUAUUUUUAUUCAUUGAUCUAUUGAUGACUCCGAAGGAUUCAACUUUCAAACAGGAUGCAUGUGGGAAAAAGGGCUUUUAGAGAAUUGAAAAUCCCUUGAAUCUGUGACCGUUGGGCAAAAAUUUGACCUGCACCAAGGUCUGAGAGUUAUUAGGACCAUAUUUGCAGCUUUAAUCCUUAGCCUGCCUUGACUGUAUAUUUCUGUUUCAGAUGCAGAGCUGAGUUGAGUAUUUACAUAUUUUGGGGUUUGUUGUUGUUGUUGUUGUUAAGAAGCAGGGCCAUUUUCCUGAACUGAAAAAUGUGUGUCAUGUUAACUUGCACAAAGGAAGUCCGUUCUUGGUGUUGCUCUCUUACACCUGGGUUUUUUGGUUGAUGUUUUUGUGUGUGUAUAUGCGGAUUUUUAAAGAGCUUUUCUUCUCACCAUUUCACCAGGAAAAUCCCAGAAAACUUAAUGAUAUUACAAUGAUUCUACCCUGGGGAAAGGGAGGCCUUUUAAGGCCAGGACCAUGAAGGAAAUACUGAGAUAGCAACCUCCUUACAGGCUUACAGGAGGGAGUCACUAUUAAUUAAUUUAAUUAUUAAGGAUAUCAUGAUGCCUGGUUUCCCUUUCCACUGGAAUCUUCUGUCUCUUGCACGUCCAGAGAAAACUGGCUUUCUAACUUGGGUUUUCCCACACCAAGAGGAGAGGUGCAUCAAAAUGCCUUUACUGUUUUCUAAACCUGCAAACCCAAAGUCUGGCGGCUGGAUGGCCAGGUGAGUUUGCAGUGAUAUUGGCAAUGAAGACAGACAAACAAAUUCACCUUCUUCCAUCAAGGGCUGAGGCUGCAGGCCUGUGCCUUUGUCUAGAGAGGGGAUGAUUAGCAGCUCUUGGACUUCUGUAACUUUACCAAGUAUUCUACCUCAAAGCGCUACCGAGAAACCAUUCUAACUGUAAGUGCCCGUGCUAAGGGUACGUGUCUUAAUCAAAGAAGUUUGACUGUUUUUUUGGAUGUGGGUUUUUUUUUUCUCUUAUUGAUAUAGUGAUGAAUGAGAUCUUACAUAUGAAAUAUAUUAUUGGAUCAUGGUUCUUGGAAGUGAUUAGUGUGUGUAUGUGUGUGUGUUACUUAAAUAUCUUUGACGUGUGUUUUUUAGAGUUUGUGCUUUAAAGAUUUUGAGAGAAUAUGUAAGUCUCAAGGCACUAGGUUUUUCUGAUGUCUUACUAAUAACGGGGCAUAAAUUAAAUAAAAUAUAUAUGUAUGUAUUUUA